CGGGUCCAAAAUGCCCAAGAAGAAGCCGACGCCCAUCCAGCUGAACCCGGCCCCCGACGGCUCUGCAGUUAACGGGACCAGCUCUGCGGAGACCAACUUGGAGGCCUUGCAGAAGAAGCUGGAGGAGCUAGAGCUUGAUGAGCAGCAGCGAAAGCGCCUUGAGGCCUUUCUUACCCAGAAGCAGAAGGUGGGAGAACUGAAGGAUGACGACUUUGAGAAGAUCAGUGAGCUGGGGGCUGGCAAUGGCGGUGUGGUGUUCAAGGUCUCCCACAAGCCUUCUGGCCUGGUCAUGGCCAGAAAGCUAAUUCAUCUGGAGAUCAAACCCGCAAUCCGGAACCAGAUCAUAAGGGAGCUGCAGGUUCUGCAUGAGUGCAACUCUCCGUACAUCGUGGGCUUCUAUGGUGCAUUCUACAGCGAUGGCGAGAUCAGUAUCUGCAUGGAGCACAUGGAUGGAGGUUCUCUGGAUCAAGUCCUGAAGAAAGCUGGAAGAAUUCCUGAACAAAUUUUAGGAAAAGUUAGCAUUGCUGUAAUAAAAGGCCUGACAUAUCUGAGGGAGAAGCACAAGAUCAUGCACAGAGAUGUCAAGCCCUCCAACAUCCUAGUCAACUCCCGUGGGGAGAUCAAGCUCUGUGACUUUGGGGUCAGCGGGCAGCUCAUCGACUCCAUGGCCAACUCCUUCGUGGGCACAAGGUCCUACAUGUCGCCAGAAAGACUCCAGGGGACUCAUUACUCUGUGCAGUCAGACAUCUGGAGCAUGGGACUGUCUCUGGUAGAGAUGGCGGUUGGGAGGUAUCCCAUCCCUCCUCCAGAUGCCAAGGAGCUGGAGCUGAUGUUUGGGUGCCAGGUGGAAGGAGAUGCGGCUGAGACCCCACCCAGGCCAAGGACCCCCGGGAGGCCCCUUAGCUCAUACGGAAUGGACAGCCGACCUCCCAUGGCAAUUUUUGAGUUGUUGGAUUACAUAGUCAACGAGCCUCCUCCAAAACUGCCCAGUGGAGUGUUCAGUCUGGAAUUUCAAGAUUUUGUGAAUAAAUGCUUAAUAAAAAACCCCGCAGAGAGAGCAGAUUUGAAGCAACUCAUGGUUCAUGCUUUUAUCAAGAGAUCUGAUGCUGAGGAAGUGGAUUUUGCAGGUUGGCUCUGCUCCACCAUCGGCCUUAACCAGCCCAGCACACCAACCCAUGCUGCUGGCGUCUAAGUGUUUGGGAAGCAGCAAAGAGCGAGUCCCCUGCCCGGUGGUUUGCCAUGUCGCUUUUGGGCCUCCUUCCCAUGCCUGUCUCUGUUCAGAUGUGCAUUUCACCUGUGACAAAGGAUGAAGAACACAGCAUGUGC